AUGCCAACAACGGUGUUGGGCAUUGAAGAGCUAGAGAGUCAGCAACGGACAUCCAAUGGGCUAUUGGACCAAAAUCUUGCGCCCCCGCGCGGUUUGAGCGGUCCGCCGCAGAAUCACACCCCAGAUAUCACAUUGCCGGGACACCAAGAUCAAAUGGCUGGUCAAAGCGAUCAAGAUACGGACUUCAAAACACCCAGGCCGCGUCUUACUAUUCGUGAGCUUCGGCAGGCUGCUCAAAAGGAAACACUAGCAAGUCAAGCAGGAAAGGCUGCUCAGGACGCGCAGGAAGUACGACGCAAAUCCACAUCAAUGCCACAGAAGAAGCCCUCCAUCCUUGGCGGCUUGUUCCAAGUCCGAGAGCCGACUCAAAUUGCCUUGAAUCAAGUUGCCUCCCAGAUGAUUGCCCAGCAUGGGUCAACAAGUGCCACUAAAGUGCCUAAUGUGAGGUUGGAGAAGAUGCCGGACUUUGUGCCUAAGGUCAAUUCCAGAUGGGACGGAAUCCCAGAGAACGUGAAGCGAAGAGAAAGGAGGGAGAAGGAAAAAGAAAAGGAACGAGCUAAACGAGACACCUUUUUCUACACGGACUCUAACGCUCGCAGUGACGAUGGCAAAGGCAAAAGGCGCACGAACGCUGGAAGCCGGAACUCGAGCUCGACUACCGGUUCCUCCUUUGGUGCUCACGGCAGCUCAAGUGGCUCCCAGGGUGCCUCUUCCCGUACGCAAUUUUAUACUCAAUCUGUCAACUCAUCUGGUGACCUCGCGUCGCAGCAAAGAACUGAUGCCUCGACCUUUUCUGCUCCACUGACAUCUUCCUCCGCACUCAGUGAGACUGAAAGCCUCUCCGACAAGCCGAUUCGUGGACCUAGGUCGGCUGCUACAAGAACACAUUAUCCGCAUAGCAAAGACCAGACACUGGAUUCUCGAAUUCCCCUAGACAAAGGCAAAUUACCUUCCACUUUUUGUACAUCUCCAGGAUCAACGACCAAGGAAUACGAGUCCCUCAAUUCUCCCGUUAUCACUCAGUAUCGGGGCGAAGGGGAAGGGUCUCGGCUGGAAUGCGAGCCGUCCCUGUCUAUACCCAUCGCCAAAACGGUGCCGCCACACCCGACCUCACCGCUUGGAAGUUCUCGAGACACAUCGCCGACCGCUCCAUCGCGCGUCGAGCCGCCCUUACAAUCGCCACAAGGUAUCAACGACAUGACCAGCCUGCAAGCGGCUCUGUGGUCCUCUGAACCUGGCGUGCUUAGUCCGUCAGCUUUCGUGAAGAAAAAAUCAGGAGUAAAAUCCAACAACGCUUUUCUGGCGGGCGAGGCUCAAGAGCUGGUGUUACCCGAUGAAGUCGCUGAUCGUGACAACCCAGGCGCAGCAAGUCAAAGCCUGAAGUCAGGUCGAUCGCGCAUCCUACAAGACCUGGAGAAGCGACCCGACAGCUCUCGUGAUCGCCUUGGACUGAGGGCAAGCAUGCUUUUCAGUAACGACACGACACCGUGGGAAUUGCAGGAAACGAAUCAGCCACCACCGUCGAGUCCCACGUCCGGCAAACAUGCGCCAAACACGAAGACCAAGCUCCCUAAGCCUUUUGGCAGGGCUGGCAAAGAAAAAGAGAAAGGGAAGGCAGCUGUGUAG